UCCCGCAUCUCCAGCUCCGAUUGCCGGCAGCGGCACUCAUGGCAGCGCCAAAUGGGUUUAUUUCUCCGCCACCUCUCGUUUCUCUCUCUCAGCAAUAAUUCACCUGAGGGAUUUUCUUCCCCGCACCUCCCUUUUUCACGCUCUUUGUUGAUGCGGAGAGAAAGGAGAAAAGGGCGUUCUGGACAGCGCGGGUUUCUCUGGGCGGCUUUUCGCGGCGCUUUUUAAAGAGCCGGGGAGGGGAAAAAAAAGAAAGGAAAAAAAAAAAAAAAAAAAAAAAGAAGAAGACGGCACGAAGCGGUGGCGGUGGGAGGAGGAGGAGGCGAGGAGGGAAGAGGAGCCGGAGCAGCGGAGCUCCCGCGGUGGCCGGAGCCGGCCGCGGGUGCGGACCAUGGGCUGGCGGCUGCUGCUGCUGCUGGCCCUGGCCCUGGGCGGCCGCGUCGCCACCGCGCAGAACGACACCGAGCCCAUCGUGCUGGAGGGCAAGUGCCUGGUGGUGUGCGACUCCAACCCGGCCCCCGACGCCAAGGGCUCUAAUUCCUCGCCGCUGGGCAUCUCCGUGCGGGCGGCCAACUCCAAGGUGGCUUUCUCGGCCGUGCGGAGCACCAACCACGAGCCCUCCGAGAUGAGCAACAAGACGCGCAUCAUCUACUUCGACCAGAUCCUUGUAAAUGUGGGGAAUUUUUUCACGUUGGAGUCUGUCUUUGUAGCACCACGGAAAGGAAUUUACAGUUUCAAUUUUCAUGUAAUUAAAGUCUACCAGAGUCAAACAAUUCAGGUGAAUUUGAUGCUGAAUGGGAAGCCAGUGAUCUCUGCUUUCGCUGGGGACAAGGAUGUCACCCGUGAAGCUGCCACCAACGGGGUCCUGCUGUACCUGGACAAGGAGGACAAGGUUUACCUGAAGCUAGAGAAAGGAAACCUGGUUGGUGGAUGGCAGUACUCGACAUUCUCUGGCUUUCUGGUGUUCCCCCUGUAA